UCAGUCGCCAUCUGUCGCCGUAAUUAUGACAAUUAUUAAUUAUAAUCCAAUCGUAUGAAAUUGUCAUGAAUAAUUUUUACACGCUAUAACCUAUCUGAUACAUAUACGAAAUUGAGACAUAAUCGAAAUAUGCAAAUAUUUCUUUGGAUUAUUUAUCGAAAAGUUCGUAAAUAAUUUUUAUUUGAUAAAUCAAAACUUGUGCGUUCUUGAUAAUACGUAACGAUAAUAGAUCGAUAAUAAAUUCCAAGAUAAUAAAGGGAUAUAGUUUUUGAUCUCAAAAGAAAUCGACAUGGGUAUGUGUUUUGGUAAAAGAAAAAGUCCUAGAAACAAUAGAGAUAAUAUGAACCAACUGAAAGAAAAUUCCGGACCUAUAAUUUUCUUGGUCGGUGCACCGGGAAUUGGUAAACGCGAGCUGGGUAGAAGACUAUCCUCGAAAUAUGGUUUCAUCAUGAUUUCGACGGGGGAUUUGUUGAACCAGGAGAUCCAGAAUGGUUCGGAGAGAGGUCAAAAGUUCGCGGAUAUGACGAAGGUGGGACAAAGUGUUCCAGCGAAUGACAUUCUUCCUAUGGUCGAAGAACAGCUGAUGAAUCAACCUAAUGCCGUGGGAUUUCUCAUUGUUGGUUUUCCUCGUGAUAGGACACAAGUAAAGCUUAUUUAAUUUUUUUUUCUUUUUUCCUUU